AACAAAAGCUAUAGACAUGAAAUCAUUCACCACUUGUUUGGAUUUGAAGCCAUGACGUCAACCUCCACCUGUGUUUGAAGGAGGAGGAGAUGCCAUUUGGUCCAAUACCCAUGGAACUAGUGAAGAAAAUGCCACAUGGAUAUAGUUUCUUCUUCUUUUGACUGUAUGAAGCUGGUUCCUGGAAUUAAUAUUUAUUAUUUGAUAAAUGAAACUUUUGGUCAAAAUAGUAUGGCGAUAAUGAUGCAGAAGACAUAAGAAGACUUUUAUUUUAAUUUAGUAUCAUUCAUGUUUGUAAUUCAGUUGUAUUUUUAUGUUUUAAGAUAGUAGUUUAUUGGGUUUCCUACGCCAAUUAGAAUUAGGGUUUACUUCUCCCUAUAUAAGCAACCUUUUGUAGUCCUUUUGGAGAUGAUUUAAGAUUUUGAUGAAUGAAAAAAAUGGCCUUUUGGUUUCUUUGGUCUGGUGUCGAUUCCAGUUCCACCCUAGGUGCUUGACUCCUAGCGGUUUUCUUGCUUGAUGCGGACUCCUAGCUAGGCCUAGGUGUUGACUCCUAGGUCAUAUCCUUUAUUUUCCUAUCUUUCAAUUUUAAUGUUCAAUUGUUCUGGUUGCUCAGAUAAACUAUGAAAUAUUUUGACCUGAAUCUUUCUUACCAGCUUUUAGUUCAUUGCAUUGACCCAUAUUCCUGUCACCAAUGAACACAUUAUUUGCAAACAGCAUAUACAACGUAAAACAUCAUUUUUCGAGGAUGAAAUGCAGGCCUUUGGUGUGAAGGAGCUGAUAAUGAAAUGAAGUCCUUUGGCAUAGCUAGAGUGCUGCUAAGUUGGCAAUCUUUAUUUCACUGAUGCGUAGAUACUGAAAUAAGAGUUCCCCAUAGACCAUAAUAAGCCCAUAGAUGUUUGCCUUGUAGUUCAGCAUCUAUAUUCUUUUGUGUUCUAGAUAUGAAAGUUCCAUAAUGUUUUUAAGGCAGUAGAGUUGUACAUUGCUAGAUUGGUAUUCAAUUUACCAAACUUAAAAGUAUCAUGCUGUGGAGUAGUUGCAGUUUUCAAUCACCCAGUUUUAAUUACCGAUGGACUUGCUGAUCUCUCUAGGCUGCCAAGAUUCCAUGAUGCAGCAGAAUCACGUGCUUCCAAGUAACUAUUAAAGCUGUUCACCACUUGUCAUUCUUCUUGGUAUGCCUGUAGCUUGGUAGCUGACAGAAGUAGGUGGAUUGAAAUGUCUGGAGAGCUUAUUCCAACGAUCUCUUGAUAGCACAUAAUUACUUCUGUGACGUUGAUGAUCGCAAAAUCCUGUUGUCAAGGCAUCACAUCAGGGUACCUAUGGACCAGCAUGAUCUAAAACCAAGUGCAUUGAUGAAUGAUGUCAGGCACCUCUGUUCUCCCAAAGAACACGAUUGUUUUGGGGAGGCAAACAGCUUAUCUGAUUGCUGUGGAACAUGUAUUAAUGGCAAUGCUGGAGUACAAAAACAAGACCAUGAAAUCAGUGGUGGCAAAGCUGAUAAACUGCCAGAGAUGGAAAGGAAUUAUUCAAUCUCUUCCACUUCUUGUUCCAGAGAAAAUGCAGAUGAUUUGAGCGCACCAUCUUCUGUUAUUUCCACAAUGAAAGAUUCAGUACUUGAGAAAGAAAAUCGUGCUGAAGGAACUUCUGCAGUAAUAUCCAAUGGUAACAGACUUGAAGUCAAGGGGAAUCUGAAGCAGGGUGAAGUAUCAGCACUUUCCCCUGAAGGAAAUGCUUCUACAAAGAACAUCUCCAUGAAGAGCGAUAUUAGCUCAGACAGUGGACAACCCCUUGGCAAGGACAAUAAUGAGUCAGUGGAUGGGAGAAUGAGUGGGUAUUGGUCAAAUGCUGGUGAAAGUGGAUUGAAGUCUGUGAUGCAGGCAUCUUUCCAUGAUAAACCAUAUAAAACUGAGUCUUCAUCUUCUAACUCAACACACAUCAGUAUUCCAGCUUCUUCAAAUGACAGCUUUCAAGUAACUUCUGUCGAUGUUAAGUCAUGUACACAUAGUAAAACCAGUGCCAUGGACACUUCCACUUGUUCUGACUUCAAAAAUAAUCUCAAAGAGCCUGCACUCCGAAUUUUAGCUGUGGGUAUGGUGGCUCAAGCUUCCAAAGAUGUUCUGGAUGCUACAAUCUUCCAAUCUGGAAAACAGCAAAAUGCAAUUAAGGCUUCAGAACUUGUUCAUGUCAGAGCAAGUGAUGGUAAUAAGGUGCUGGGGGUGAUUUCAGACCAUAAUUCUUGUACUGUGGAUGAUAUUGAUCUUCCAACUCCUGACAUGCUUAAGAGGAAAGUCAUUGAAAUUUCUAUUCAAGAUAAAGCACAGCCUUGUUAUGAUCUGGAUGAUGCACUGGAGGUGGCUCAGAGAGUUGCAAGAGAAGUGGAGAGGGAAGUUGGUACAUAUAGGGAGCUCUCAGAAAGUUCCUCUUCUGUACAAGAGAAAAAUGGUGAGGCAGUUCAUAUGAGCUCUGUUGAUUCUGCAGAUUCAAAUAAAAAAGACUGCUUAACAGAAACUGGAAGCAAAAUCCAGUUUUGCAAUGAUCAAGGUAACUGUGAUAGUCGCUAUACCAUUAAAGAGGUGGGGGAUCCAGAAAUGUUGACAAGAAAUGAAGGGUUGUGUUUAGAAGUCAAACAGCCAUCACGUGUCAUGGGUCCCAGGAUGAUAUAUGGAUCUGACGCUGGUCAUCAUGGUCAUGAAUCAUCUGAUAUGACUACAAAACCUGAAAAUGUAACUGCCAGUGACCAGACUACUCUAUUUGGAAUUGAUCUUAAUGAAAAUAUCUUGACCAAUGAAGCUGAAUACCCUGAACUCUCAGUCAAAGAAACUAUUUUGCACCAUUCAAAUAAUGUGAUGAGGCCUGUUCCUGUUUUGGCUAAACCUGGAAUUUCUAUAUCCUUACCUAUGCCUCAAUCACACUGUCUAGGAGGUUGGAGGGGAUCUGCUCCUAGUGCUUUCCGAACAAUUUCUCUUUCCAGGAAUUUCAAUAGGAAUAAAUCACCAUUGGCCAAUGAUAAUAAUGACAGCUCUAUACAGUUACAGGUUAAAGGCAUUGACCUCAAUGUUGCUGCUGUAGGAGCUGAUUUGGACAUGGAAUUGCUUACAGAAAAAUGUGUCCAAGCCCAGUCAAGUUUAGCUUCUGAAGAGUCUUCUGUGGAAGUCAGUUCUACACGAGCAAGAACAUUCCAUUUCGAUCUCAAUUGUGCAAGUGAAAAUGAUGACAGCAGUUGUCGAUUGUCUCCACCAGCUUCAUUAUCAGGACACUCUGUUAGGGAUUUUGAUUUAAAUGACAACCUGACAUCUGCUGAUGCAUGCAUCGAUGCUCGACAUCCAGGUCAAGGCACACAAGAAUUAAGAAACAGUGCAUCAUAUGAUGAUCCUGCAGUUUCAUUAAUGGGCAUUGCAAGACAACCGUACUCUAGAAGUGUUGGCACUGGGUAUCCAUCAGGUUUUAGUUCUUUGCAUGACUUUACUCAUGUUCAUGCCAAACCCCUUCAGGUAUCUGUUUCCAAUAUGCUUCCCUCAAAUGAAGAAAUGCAGAGGGUAUAUCCAUUGCAACACAAGCCAACUUAUGCACAGCCACCCCCAGCACCACCUCAUGCUUUCCUCUAUAACAAUGGAUUCUGCUUUGACCCCAACAAUGGCCUAUCCUCAACUUUGUACCCUCCCAAUUUCUUCCCAUACGUAACAGACCCACGUGGAACCACUGUCAUCCCACAAAUUAUAGGUUCUGGUGCUCUUUCUGCCUUGUCAGGUGCUCCUCAUAUCAUGAGUGUUCCUGGUGGACCAGGCCGUAGUGACAUUUCAACUAUGAGGCCGAGUUUUGAUCUAAAUGGCAUAGCUAAUUCUUCAGAGAAUGGAAGCCGAGGAGAAAGCGCCAGACAAAUGUUUAUCCCUGUAAGUAAUUCAGUACGUGAAGAGCCAGUCAAGUCUUUCCAACAAGUUCAUUUAUCUGCCACAUCCAUGAAGAGGCGGGAACCAGAUGGGGGAUGGGACUCUCAUCAGCUUUGCUAUAGAUAGGUGACUUCUUGGCACUAUGUUUUGACGGCUUCGGCUUCCAUAAUCAGAUGAUUCUUAGUGCCAAAGUUUGAGCUGAAGAAGACAUUAUUGGCUGCUGUAGCUCAAUUGUUUAACCUGACUGCCGUAGCUACAUGGAGUCAGACAGGCUUCCACAAAAUAUGAUUGGAGAAUAUUAGUGUUUUUUAUUAUUAUAUAUAUAUAAAAAAAUUCUUUGCCCUUUCUAUUUUAUUGUCAUUUUAUCCUUUGCAACUUGGGUUGUAUAAAAGGCUUUUGUACAUGUCAAAUAUUUAUUUAACAAAUAUGCAAAUCACUUUAAUCAUAUAGUUACCAUUGACAAUAUGAUUAUCAC